UAACUAAAAAAAUUUCUGAUAAAACCUUAUAUUUCUACCAGUGCUCCCAGAAAACCGCUAUUUUCACCACUCAAAACCUUUCAAAAUGCAACAAAUCAUACAUAAUCUGAAAGGGGACACUUUGGGCUUUCAGUGUAUGUGCUUAUCUAAAAAUCGAUUUUUCUGAAAAAAAAAUCGAUUUUCUGAGGGGGGGUCCCCCUUAAUUAAAACCUAUACCGACAGUUUGAAGUUCUUAUUGUAAAGAAAAUUGCACAAAAAUUUGUUUUCGCUUGUUAAGAAUAGUAUAGGUAAAAAGAAAGUCAGAAGAUUUUAAACAUUUCCAUAAGGAAUUAUUCUUAUAUCAAUAUGACCCGUAAAGAUUAUUUAUCAUGCAAUUUAUUUAAAGCAGAGUUUAUAAAUUAAUAAGAAAAAUUUUCUAAUUAAAAAAAAUUAUUUCUAAUAGGACUCAUCGCUAAAUACCUCAAUGACUGAUGAUCAUGGUGAUGAUAAUUUACCAAAAGAAGUCUUAAAAACAACAGAUAAAAUUCGUGAUAUUGAAUUCCGUCUUAUUAAUGAUCUAUCAGCAUUAAAAGAAAUGUCUACUGAUAGUCAAAAUUAUCGAUCAAAAGAUAUAAAUAUGCUUAAAUUAAUUCUUUGUUCUGGUCUUUAUCCACAAGUUGCAAUUGCUGAUGAAUUUAAUAAUUAUAAACGUGAUUGUGAUCAAUUUUUUCAUACAAAAACGAAACAAUUUGUUGUUCUACAUCCAACUUGUGUUUUUACUUAUGAUCCAGAUAAUCUACUUCCUCCAACUUCAACUAAAACAACAAGUUCAAAUAAUAAAAAAAUAGUAUUCAGCAGUCAACAUGAACUUCUCGUUUAUGUUACACUACUUGAAACAAAUAAACCUUAUAUAAUGAAUGUAAUGCGUGCACCUGCUAUGCAAACAUUAUUUCUUUAUGCAUCAACACUUGAAACAAAUAAUGAUUUUACUCGUAUUCUUUGUGAUCAAUGGCUUGAGAUAGCAUUUGAAAAUUCUGAAACAGCACAAAGUAUUAUAUCAUCAUUAUUACUUUUACGUAAUGCUCGUGAUCUUCUUCUUCAAUUAACAUUACAAGAUUUAAAUAAAUCACUUGAUAUUGAACUUAUUUCAAAACCACGUACAUAUGAAUUACAACAUUUACUUUCAAAAAAAAUGACUGAAUUUCUUGAAAAUUCAUGUCUUUAUGCUAUACGACGUGUUCUACCUGCUGAAUUAGACACUAUCUAUCGACCAAAUAUUCAUGAAGGUGAAGAUGAUAAUGAUGAUAUAAUUGUAAAUAAAGAAAGUACUAAAAUCAAUGAAUAUUUAACAUAUAAUUGUUUACGAUCAAAUGAUGAUCAAGAAUCAUUUUGGUCAGAAUAUGCUGGUUCAACAAUGCAAAAACAUUGGAUUUGUUCUUAUUGUAAUGAAGAUAUUCUUGUUACUGUUGCAGAACGUAUUGCACAUGAAAAUCAAUGUCAAUUAAAUUCUUUAUGUAAUAAUGAAAAUCCAAUUUUUAAAUCAACACAAUCAAAUAUUAAUAAAACUAAUAUAUUGAGUAAUUUAACAACACCAGCAACAACAACAACAACAGCAAGUGUUCCAUUAACACAAGAUUAUCAUUGUGAUAUAUGUGAACAAACAUUUAAAUUAACAAGUAUAGAAAUAUUACGACAUCGUGCUACACAUCAAACUUAA